GCGGUUUUCUUUGCGCUCAAUAAACUCUUGGAGAAGAUUCCUCAGGCUGUCAAGCCAUUCCUUCCACAACUGCAGAGGACCUUCGCUAGAGGUCUUGCCGAUACAACCAGCGAGACUCUACGUAACAGGGCUGCCAAGGGUCUUGGAAUCCUGAUCACACUGACGCCAAGAGUAGAUCCUCUCGUUGCAGAUGCCAUGGCAAUAACUAAUGCGCGAUUGCUUGGUGUUCUUGUCAAGAAUCUCCCGGCGGCCACGGCCAUACCAGUCAUAAGGAAUCGGGCUCUUACUACGAACUUCUCUCAUGCCUCUAUUUUGGGGCUGAAUGCCUUGCUUGUUGAGGCGCCGUCUUUGUUGCUGGAGAAUUUCGCAGCCGAAACGCCUUCAAUCAUUUGCCAGGGAAUCUCUAACUCUGAUCCCUUCAUAUCCGACAACAGUGUGCUGGCCGCUGGUAAAUACCUCCUUGCGGAAGGUGAUGGCAAGAAUUUCGAGACAAAUAAGUCAGUGUUCGAAGCACUGGCUCCAAUGAUACAACCGGGCAAACCUUCCGACACUCGCCGUUUGGCCCUUGUCGUCAUCCGUACGGUCAGCCGUCUACACCCGGAGCUCACCAGACCUCACCUGGGAUUGCUUGCGCCGGCAAUCUUUUCUAGCGUUCGUGAUACCGUCAUACCUGUCAAGCUCGCAGCUGAGGCUGCUUUCCUGUCGAUAUUCUCCGUCGUGGACUCCGAGGGAGCCGUGUUCGACAAGUAUAUGGCAGGACCUGGUGCCGAGCUGCCUCCUGGGCCCAAAUGGACUAAUCAACCACCCCAUCUCAAACUCCUCACUGAAAUCAUCCGUCGUCAAUCGAACUCGAACGACGAACACCAUCCGCCCAACGACCGUCGACACGCCGACAUCAAGAUGGUCAAUCUCCGUACCCAGAAGCGCCUCGCGGCCUCCGUGAUCGGCUGCGGCAAGCGCAAAGUGUGGCUCGACCCGAAUGAGGUGAACGAGAUCUCCAACGCCAACUCUCGUCAGACGAUCCGCAAGCUGGUCAGCGAUGGCCUCAUCAUCCGCAAGCCGGUCACCAUGCACUCGCGCGCCCGCGCCCGCGAGCUCGCUGCCGCUCGUCGAAUUGGCCGACACCGUGGUCUGGGUAAGCGGAAGGGUACCAAGGACGCGCGAAUGCCCAGCCAAGUGCUGUGGAUGCGCCGCCAGCGGGUUCUCCGCCGUCUCCUCGUGAAGUACCGUGCCGCUGGCAAGAUUGACAAGCACCUCUACCACGAGCUCUACCACCUGAGCAAGGGUAACACCUUCAAGCACAAGCGCGCUCUGGUUGAGCACAUCCACAAGGCCAAGGCUGAGAAGCAGCGUGAGCGUAUCCUCAAGGAGGAGAUGGAUGCUAAGCGUGCCAAGACCAAGGCUGCCCGUGAACGACGACUGGAGCGCAUCACGGCCAAGCGGAAUGCUGCGGCCGAGGAGGCUACUCAGGAGUAA